CUCAGGCCCAUUCUGGAUGAGCUGGGCUCCCGUCCAUUCGCCCUACAUCAUUUUUUUAUUUCCCAUUUCAAAGUCGACACAAUAGAGGCCAGAAAAUUUUGCUUAGAAACAAUUUUGAAAAAAUGAGAAAGUGGGUUCUAAGUUCUAACAUCCAGGGUGGCCAUGGCCCAGGCCCAUUUGCUCCAAUGAAUCACAAAUUUGAAAAAUGGUUUGGGGGAAAGAGGACAAAACAUAAGAGCUCGAGAGAGUACGAGCAAUGUACAUAAUUCCAAAAAUCUGAAAAAAUGGUUCUAUUCUACCCAUCUCAUAUUAUAUUCUUCAUCUCUCAUUAUUAAUAGCUCAAAAAGAUUCGGCCACUUUGUCAUUUGGCUCCACAUAAAGCCAAAAUCCUCCACUUUAACAAUUCAAACUCGAUAUAUUUGAAUCAAUCAAUUUUUGACAUAGCGUACACAAAAUAUAACGAGUCUAUGUAAAUUUCGAUAUUACUGUGAAUUGAUCUCCAUUAGAACAAAGACGGUUAGAAGUGAUGUGAGAUUUAUAACUGAAAUUCUAUCAACAUAUUUUUUUUUUUUUAUACGAAUCAACAUAUUAUUAACACUUAACUAUCUUGCAAUUGUGUUAUGUUUUGACCCUAAUAAAUGUGGAUUGUACCAAGUUAAGUUACUAGGUACCUUCCGGACGGACACUAUUAGGAAAAAGAUAAGGACACUUUCUGGACACCCUUUCUUGCACCUAAAAGGCCACCCACGACGGAAACUUUUAUGCACAUUGCCAUGAAAUUACAUCGAUAUUUCUGGUUUCUGGAAUCCUUUUCCUCCAUAUCCACACGUUUCUUUCUUCUCAAAAAAUUAUUUCUGAUUCAAUUAUUAAGUCAAAUUAAAAUAGUACCCAUUUGUGAAUAUCCACCUGUAAUCAACCACUAAUGACAAGAAUAAAACGAAUCGCAUAACCGCAAUUUCUGCCAAAGAGAAGAAGACCGUCAAAGGACACAAUAAAUAAGAUGUAGAAGCAGAAGAAAAAUGCAUUAAUUCCUCUGUCAGUCCAAAAAAGAAAGAACGAAAUUUUGCAUUUAAUUCCCAGACCGAUAAACCACCAGACCAUCAUCAUCAUCAUGGUGAUGAAUGGCCAUGAAUGAUGGUGUGUUGCAUCCCCACAGUUACUACCGUGCAACCGCCUUCACUGUCCCACUUCUCUUUCUCCUUCUCCUUCCUUCCCGGCCCCUCUUUCUCUCCGGGUAUUUAAAUACCCAUCACUACCUUAGCACAGCAACUUCUCCGAUUCAUUCAUCCCCAUUACUAACCGCCUCCCAGAGAAAAUCAGAACUGCUCAUUCCUUUUUUUUCUUUCCCUGUCUCGUUUUGCCUCCCUCGCGUCGAAGCAAUGGGCAAGAAGAAGAACAACAACAAUGGGGGUGGCGGAAACAAUAACCAUAACCAGAACCAGAAUCCGAACAACGGAGGCGGCGGCGGAGAGGGGAAGCAGCAUCACGAGGAGAAGAAAGGCGGCGGCGGUGGAGGGGAUGGUGGCGGCGAGAAGAAGAAGCAGGAGAAGAACCCGCUGGUGGUUAUUCUCAAGGUCGAGAUGCAUUGCGAAGGUUGUGCAUCGAAGCUUAUUCGCCUGACUCGCGGAUUAGACGGCGUGGAGUCGGUGAAAGCAGAUGUGGGUACCAACAAGCUGACGGUGAUGGGCAUUGUGGACCCGGUGCAGAUUCGCGACAAGCUCCAUGAGAAGACGAAGAAGAAAGUCGAGCUGAUCUCCCCACAGCCGAAGAAAGACGAUGGACCCAAAAAGAACGACAACGGCGGCAACAACAACAACAACAAUGGCAAGAAGGACGAGAAGAAUCCCAACGAGCAGAAACCAAAGGGCGGUGAGGAGAAGAAACCCAAAGAGGCUCCGGUGACCACGGCGGUGCUCAAGCUGGCAUUCCACUGUCAGGGAUGCAUCGAGAAGAUCAAGAAGAUUGUCUCCAAGACCAAAGGAGUGCACGAGCUGGUGGCCAUGGACAAGCAGAAGGAGACGGUGACCGUGAAAGGGACGAUGAACGUGAAGGAGCUGGUCGACGCCCUGAAGGAGAGACUGAAGCGGUCGGUGGAAAUCGUUCCGCCACCUAAGAAAGAGAAAGAAGGCGGCGGCGGCGGGAAUGAUGGGAAUGGCGGCGGCGAGAAGGAAGGACAGAACAACAACAACAACGGCGGGGGCGGUGGUAAGAAGAAGAAAGGCGGCGGCGGCGGCGGUGGAGGAGGUGAGAAUGGAGAAGGCGGGCAAGGGCAGGAGUAUGGAGUAGGGGAAGUUUCGAGAAUGGAGUUCAUGGUCCAUCCCGGGUACGCUCCAGGUCCGCCCGGUUUCGCUCCGACCGGGUUCGGGCCGGUGGGUCAGCCCGUUUACGGGGUUCAGCAGCAGGCAGGGAACGGGUACGUGGGGCAGCCGGUGUAUCCUGGUUACGGGCAGGAGUACGGGUACGGGUACGGGUAUGGGCAGGUCCCCGGGUACCCGGUUCAUAUGAAGUUCAACGAUGAGAAUCCGAAUGCCUGCUCCGUUAUGUAGAGUGGUGGGACCCGUACGGACUUUUGCCAGGAGGUGGGGACAGACCAACAGAAGCAGGAGUAUGCAGUAGAGAGAGAAGCAAAAUGUAAAUAAGAAAAAGGAUGCAGAAAGGGAAGUAUGAGUGGCUUUUGGGUGGAUCAGAAAAAUUUUGGGUACUACUUUAGUAUGGUUGGUGAAUUAUGGGGAGGAGGAGGAACAUACUAGUUAGUUUUUUUAGUCUUUAAUCGGUGAAGAAUUUGGUCUUGGUUUUUGUUGGGUAAUUUUGGUUUCUGGAUAGUUUAUGGUUUUUUUUGGUUAACAUUUUCGCGACUAUACAUAUGUUUGUUUAGUGACUCUCUUCCACGCUAGCAGCUUAUUCGUAUUUGUCAUAACAUAAUGUGAUCAUCAUAGAGUGGACCAACCUGGUUUGUGAGAGAUCGGUUAUUGUUAGUUGGAAAUAAAACCACCACUACUCCACUAGAUAUGAAUUGUGGGUACAACCAAAUCAAAACUCAAAUUAGGAAGAGGUUGGUCGCCCAAUUGAGCAAUAAAAUAGAAUUGGAGGAAUUUAAUCGAAAAAAAUUGGGUCCUACUCUUUUCUUUCCAAUUAAUUGAUGUGGAGAGAAUCAGAAUCGGACCUGGAAAAAGCCAUAACCUGCUGCUGCGGGUGACACAUAAGAGAAAGACAGAAUUUCAGGGUAGAGAGAAGAAGGGCAGAAAGCACAAUAGGGGAACCAAAUGUUUGGCGGGUAGCCAUUAGAGAAGGAAGGCAAAGAAUUUCAUUGCCAAUUCUUCCUGUGAUCCUUGCUGCUGGCCUCCCCAGAAAGCUGCAGCUAGCGUACCAGCUGGCUUCCAAGCAAGCAGAGGCAGAGAUGGAGAGGAAGCCGAUCCGAUCAGUACAUAUUUUUGUUUGUUAGGGAUGGUGAUUUGGUAAUUUAGCAGGAAGGAAAGGAAGGAGGGAGAGGGGGGGAAUUAAUAAAUGAGCAUAGCUGGCAAUGCUGUACUUUCUUUCUUUCCCUCUAUGGGCUGUACAGUAAGCUGUUGAUAGUUUCCUCUUCCCAUAGGGAGUGGCAGGCCUAAUUAAAUAGAUUGUCUUCCUUUUCAUUUCCUUUCCUCUGGAGCAUUUCCGUUUUGUUUUUUUGGGUAAUAUGAUUUUGCAGUGUUCAUUCAACAUUCGUAAACCCGAAAUCCAUGAUUUCGAAUUAGAUCGAAGGACCAGAAUUUGGCUUCACGAGCUUAAUUAAUAUUUGUUGACGGGAGAGAGCAAAAUCAAAUGAUGCGGAUUUGGGAAAAUCCAUCCAUAUUAUGGUGGGGAAAUGGGAUUCCCACUACCGUCCAUGAUUACUUCUACUGCAAGUAGUUGGGCAGUAAGGAAGGAAGAAGGAAGAAUAAGGAAGAAGAAGUGGUAGAGGCGUGUCUUUGUGUGAGAGACGGUAAUCUUGUGCACACGUGCAUGGCCACGAUGUUAAUCCAUCAUUAUUAUUAUCCGCCUGGGCCUGCCUGGCUUCACAAAUCCAAUCAACAUUUAUAAUUCCUAAUUAAUUAAUAACGCCCACAAAAAAAAAAGAAGCUUACGACGUGCAAAAUCUCAUCGUCGUCUCAUUUCUGUUCAUGUCAGGGAAAGCUAAAUCGUUAUCAAUUACUCUACUUCUAAUCAUAUGCAGAGGUUGAGGUGAGAACUAUAGUCCCACUCUACAACGCAGCUUCGUCGCACUGAGCAUUAAAUUUUUUCACUAGCUAGGUUGCAAAUUUGAUCGUUUUCUAAUCUGGUUGUACGAGUAGGUGCUGUAAUUUCGCAUUUGUGGAAUAAAAUUGCUCAUCAUGA